AUGAAGAUCACUGCAGCUCUUGUUGCCGCCGUGAUGGCCUCUUCCGUUGCUGGCUCGCCUAUUGUCAAGCAGGCUGGUGAAUCAACUAGCGCUGUCACCAACGGAGAUGACUAUGAGCAAUCACACAUCUAUACCCGCAGCCCCAGUGAUGACUACAAACACGAGCAAUCCAUGUACGGCAAGCGUAAUGAUGGAGAUGAUUACGAGCACCGGGACUCCAUCUAUAGCAAGCGCGGCGAUGGAGACGAUUACGAGCACCGGGACUCCAUCUAUAGCAAGCGCAGCGAUGGAGAUGAGUACGAGCACCGUGAUUCCAUCUACAACAAGCGCGGUGAGGGAGAUGACUACGAGCAAGAGCACAUCUAUUACGCCAAGCGCGGUGAUGGAGAUGAUUACGAGCACCGGGACUCCAUCUAUAGCAAGCGUGGCGAUGGAGACGAUUACGAGCACCGGGACUCCAUCUAUAGCAAGCGCGGCGAUGGAGAUGAUUACGAGCAAGAGCACAUCUAUUACGCCAAGCGCGGUGAUGGAGACGACUACGAGCACCGGGAUUCUAUCUACAUCAAGCGCGGUGAUGGAGACGACUACGAGCACCGGGAAUCCAUCUACAGCAAGUAA